GUAUACUUUGUCUAUGGCUCUUUGAUGGAUCCGACCACUCUACAAGCCGUCGUCAAAGCUCGCGAACCACCCGUUCUCCGCCCAGCAAAGAUCUCUGGCUACCAUCUCAAGAUGUGGGGCAGAUAUCCGGCCUUGCUGGACAAAAGACCUCUGCUUAUUAUACAUGGUUUGGCUUUUGAGAUCGGCGAGUUCGAGGACGUCGACCAAAUCCGCCAGCGCUUGCAAGACUAUGAAGGUCCGAAUUACGAACCACUCCAAUGUUUCGUCCAAUUCGAAGGCAAUGAGGAGCGCGUGAGAGCAAUCACAUUCGAGUGGGUUGGAGAUCAAAGUGAGUUGAAGGAAGGAGUGUUCGAUCUCAAGGACUAUCAGAUGCGUAAUCUGGAAAGCAAA